AGGAAAUCACUCCCCAAGUCACGCCUAAGGUUCCGGAGGGUUUCUAGACAAGGCCCUAGAACUGGAACUGCCGUGGGGGUCCUGAUACUAGACCUGGUGGCCGCCAUCUCUCCCAGGUCACUGCUUCUUUCUCCUAGAAGAGCCAUGGCUCCAAAGCGCAAGCCCCCAGUGCAAUGUGAGGGCCCCAAAAAGAAGAAGGGGCGGCAAGGGGCAGAGGAGGACAGCUUUCACUCCACUGCCAAGGCCCUCAGAGCUGCACCCACAGAGAAGCACAUAGUCCGAGUGGACCCAGCAUGCCCACUCAGCCACAGCCCUGGCACUCAGGUGCACGAAGACUACGCCUGCACCCUGAACCAGACCAACAUCGGGAGCAACAACAACAAGUUCUACAUCAUCCAGCUGCUGAGAGAGGGUGACCGCUUUGCCUGCUGGAACCACUGGGGUCGUGUAGGAGAGGUGGGCCAGUCAAAGCUCAGCUACUUCGUGUUAUUGGAGGAUGCAAAGAAGGACUUUGAGAAGAAAUUUCGGGACAAGACCAAGAAUAGCUGGGUGGAUCGGGACCGUUUUGUGGCCCACCCUGGCAAGUACACGCUUAUUGAAGUGCAGGGAGAGGACGAGGCCCAGGAAGCCGUGGUGAAGACGGAUGGAGGCCCAGUGAAGACCGUGGUUCAGCAGGUGCGGCCCUGCUCUCUGGAUGCAGCUACACAGAAGCUUAUCACCAACAUCUUCAGCAAGGACAUGUUCAAGAAUGCUAUGACCCUCAUGAACCUGGAUGUGAAGAAGAUGCCCUUAGGGAAGUUGAGCAAGCAGCAGAUUGCACGGGGCUUCGAGGCUCUGGAGGCACUGGAGGCGGCCCUCAAAGACCCCACGGAUGGUGGCCUCAGUCUGGAGAAGCUGUCCUCCCACUUCUACACCAUCAUUCCCCACAACUUUGGCCGCAAUCGGCCCCCAUCCAUCAACUCCCUUGAGCUUCUGCAGGCCAAAAAGGAUAUGCUGCUGGUGCUGGCAGACAUCGAGCUGGCUCAGACCCUGCAGGCAGCCCCCGAGGAGGUGCAGGUGGAGGAGGUGCCACACCCACUGGACCGAGACUACCAGCUCCUUAAGUGCCAGCUCCAGCUGCUGGACCCAGAGGCACACGAGUACAAGGUGAUACAUACCUACUUAGAACAGACGGGCAACACCUACAGGUGCCCUGUUCUUCAACAUGUUUGGAAAGUGAACCGAGAAGGGGAGGGAAAUAGGUUCCAGGCCCACUCCGAGCUGGGUAAUCGGAAGCUACUGUGGCAUGGCACCAAUGUGGCUGUGGUGGCCACCAUCCUCACCAGUGGGCUUCGCAUCAUGCCACAUUCCGGUGGCCGCGUUGGCAAGGGCAUCUACUUCGCCUCAGAGAACAGCAAGUCAGCGGGCUAUGUUACUGGUAUGUCCUGCGGACCCCACCAAAUUGGCUACAUGUUCCUGGGUGAGGUGGCACUGGGCAGAGAAUACCACAUCACCAUCGACGACCCCAGCUUGAAGCAGCCACCCCCUGGCUUCAACAGUGUCAUUGCCCGAGGCCACACAGAGCCUGAUCCAACCCAGGACACCGAGCUGGAGCUGGAUGGACAGCGAGUGGCAGUGCCCCAGGGCCAGCCCAUGCCCUGCGCAGAGUUCAGCAGCUCCACGUUCUCCCAGAGCGAAUAUCUCAUCUACCAAGAGAGCCAGUGUUGCCUGCGCUACCUGCUCGAGGUUCACCUCUGAGCUGUCUGCCUAUCCCUGCCCUGGGGGCCUGCUGGGAGGUAGACCAUCAUCUCAACCUUCCUGCCUAUCCCCCGUACCACACCUUCUUGUCCCCAAAUCUCACUCUUGUGUCCCAGACAGUGAUCCCCCUUCCCUCUAAUCCUUGCUAGCCCUGGCAUGGCUGUGGCCCCAGAGUCUCGCCUCCUGAGGGGAUGGACGUGAUGGACUGCCAUUAUUACUGGGGCACAGAUAGAGCAGCCCAUUCAGGUUAGAGGAACACAGGCUGAGAGUGGGCAGAGUCCCAGAUCCACCCGGGCUGUCAACCCUGGCCCAGAUUGUCUGUCCAAGGGGUGUGAGCACCAGGGUAGGCUCAAGUUCGAGCAUACACAGCAAGCUUAUUAAAUAUUAUAUCUGCUCAC